AUGUCGACGGUCACGUUCCCUCGUGGCAUUAGCAAGGGAGAUCUGCAAGCCCUGUACGAAGAAGUCGGCGCCGUUGGUGACUAUGCCAGUAAAAAGGUGACCGAACUCAAGGAAGACGUCCAAACCGCCGUUGUCGCGAACAAGAACGCGCUUGUCUCACGCGCAAACAACAGCGAGAACCUGACCUACAUACUUGACCGCCUCUCCCCACCUACCAAGACGCCCAAGCGCCAGUCUGCGCCAGAGAAGCUGCGAGAGAGUGUGACUAGCGGCGACGAAGAGCCUGCUGUCAAGAAGGGCAGAAGAAAGACAGUCGCGCCAGCCGAAGAACCCAGCUCCAGCGCUCUCGACAUGAUCAAGACGCCAGCCAAAGACCUCGUCAACGCCAUCGCUCCAAACAGGCGAUCUAGCAUCCUCGCCUCGCCAGGCAAUCUCGAGACCUCGCCAAGUGCUGUGGUAGACUACCUCGAUCGCAAUACGCGCAAGCUUUCGACUUACGUCGCCGACGGCAUUGAGAAGACUCACCUGUCCGAGUACUCAGACUUGGCUCGAUCAUAUCUGUCAUCGCCUCUCGCUGUCAACGGGUUGGCAGCUACGUAUGAAUUCGCAAGUCUCUUCCUCGCACUCGUUGAGUGGCGGAAAGCUUUCGGCCUGCCAAUCCCGUACUUCGGCAAAGUCAUGCCAGUCACCAGCCCGGAUCUGUUUGCUCUUAUCACUCCCGACUACUGGGCUCCAAUCACUCUGUGGCUCCUCACUACAGUCAUUGCACCCACGCUGGUUGGCUACUUCUUCAACUAUCCUCUUCGGACGUCCACCAGCCACUCAUACGCCACUCGUCGUGCUACCGCUGCUCAGGAGGCAGCGCCGCAGGUCGAUCUCGUCGUCUUCAAUAUCGCCAAGGCAUUGAUCUCGUACCUCGUGUUUGCCGCAUCUGGACCCCUAGGCGUAGGGCCCUACAGCAAGACCACGAUCCAGACGGUCAAUACUGCCCUGCCGUUCGGCUACAGCAGUCUUUUGACGACUUCGUUAAUCGCUGCUACGAUUUCGCUGUACGAAGCGGUCUUGAAGAAGUAG